AGUCGGCGCUCGACGGUCGCGGUGACAGGUUGUGCCGUCCUCCCUGCUUGCUCCCAGGAGUCGAAGCGAGUCCUCGCGUGGUUCCAGCCGCAGCCGUCGGGCUUCGCGAGUGUCGCGCGCUUCGGGUGACUUCCACUCCCGCGUCGUCUCCGACGGCCGCAUCGGACGCCUGCCACCAGUUCAUAAAUAUCAACAUUUUCGCUUAGAAGUGGAAAGUACAAGUCCAGUCACAGGCUGCUGCUGAGCUCUGAGACUAUCACCUGCUCGAUCUCUCUCUCACACUGCAGUCUUGAGUCUGCGCUUUCAGAUUUGUUUGACUGUCCCUGAGCCGGGAGCUCCCUCCCCCCGCGUGUCUCCGACGACCUCUGCCGAGCGCAUGCGCACGGGAAGGACAGGAGCGUGAAGACACCAGAGCGCCGCGACGCCGACGGACGAUGUGUUCGCCUAGCGCGCCCCUGAGCGGCGCCCUGCUACUGGCCGUCCUGUGUUCCUGCGCACAAGGCCUGCCGAGCGCGCGCGGCGGCUCGUUGCACCCCGUGCACGUGUACGAGGGCGACGACGCGCUGGUCACGUGCGUGGUGCGCGACGCCGGCGGCGACGCCGUGGUGUGGCGGCGCGAGGACCGCGAGCGGCACGAGCUGCGCACGCUGACGGCGGGCGACCAGCGCGUCACCGACGACCGCCGCUUCGACGUGCUGCACGACGGCGUUUCGCCCGAGGAUAAGACAGUCUCAGGCGGAGACGUGUGGGUGCUCGUCAUCAGGAGCGCGCGGCCCGCCGACUCGGGGGUGUACGUGUGCGAGGUGAACAGCAACCCCAAAGUGCGGUCCUUCCACAAGCUGAGCGUGCUGUCCCGGGCGCUCCAGCCGCCGGACAACUCCAGCCUGGCGCCGCAGUACUCGGGCCAGUCGGCCGAGACGGUGCGCAACCACAACUACACCGACUGCUGCGCCUCCAGCAACGUGUCCAGCCAGUGCUACGGCUUCUGCGACAUCCAGAGCAUCCUGGAGGGCAACACGGGCAAGGACCCGGAGAACUGCGAGGCCGACUUCCCCGCCAUCGUGCGCUGCAUGGCCGAUGGCAGGAACCACAUCCCGUGCUGCAUACAGGAGGGUGUGCCCGACAUCUGCCAGGACGUGUGCCGUGGCGAGUACACCACCAUCACGGACAACAUCAAGACGCACUUCUCUUGCUCGGCCUACACCGAGCAGACCCUGGCUUGCAUCAUGGAGGGCGUUGAGAUCCUGCCCAGCCCGCCGCGCGACCUGGAGGUGGAGGCGGCCUCCGACAGCUCGCUGAAGGUGUCGUGGCGAGCCCCGGAGACGAACGCCCGCACCGUCACCGCGUACCUGGUGAACGUGACGGCGCUGCAGCAGUUCGACGAGGACCCGUACCAGCCGCCAGGGCCCGAGGACAGCUACGCGCUGGCCGCCGACAGCUACGCGCUGGCCGCCUCGCAGGUGGCUGACGGCAACUACUCCGUCAGCAUGCGGCCGCCCACCGCCGCACCUGCGACGGCUCCCCGCCAGCUGGAGACGCAGCAGAUCACGGUGCCCGGCAAGUACAACAGCACGGUCGUGACCAGGCUGCGGCCCUUCACCAUGUACGAGGUGUCGGUGGUGGCGAGGAACAUCCACGGCUCGAGCCAGCCCUGCUACUCGGUGCGCGUGCUGACCCUGACGCCGGGCAAGGCGCGGCCCCCCUCCGUCGCCGAGGCCCCCCGGCUGCCGGACGUGAGGGGCUGCUGCGUCAAGAAGGGCAUCAGCUACGCCACGUGCCUGGACAAGCUGUGCGACCCGACGCUGUCCGGCGUGGCAGAGAUCACGGACCUGAUGAUCUGCGCCCCCUGGGCCGCCGACACCUUCAGCUGCCUCACGGACGACAUGGACCACACGGCGUGCUGCAAGGAGCGCGGCCUGCCCGCCCAGUGCCAGGAGCUCUGCGGGGGCAACAUCACUCAGAUCGACUUCACCUACUUCAAGUGCCUGCGCUACAUGGGCGACUACACCAACUGCCUGAUGCAAGGCUACGGCGUGUUGCCGGGCGCGCCCACGCAGCUGCACGUGUCCCACAUCUCGACUGAGUUCGCCAUCGUGCACUGGGAGCCGCCGCACACUCUGGGCGACACCGUCGUGCACUACGACCUGCACUACCGGCCACUGGGGCUGCUGGAGGACGGCUACCGCGUGCAGCGCGGUGUGCAGUCGCCGCACGUGCUGGAGCGCCUGCUCAGCGACACCAAGUACGAGGUGUUCGUGCAGGCAGUCAACCAGCACGGGGCCGGGGAGCCCUCGCCGCGCGACGUUUUCCGCACCAUGAGCAAGGUGACGGAGGAGAAGCUGGAAGCGGCGGCGGUGUACAACGUGACGGCGUGCUGCGCGGCCAGCGACCUGAGCGACGUGUGCAUGCCGCUGUGCUCGUACGACGCCAACAUGUCGGACGUGAAGGCGCUGGCGGCCGUGUGCGCCGGCGAGCUCAGCAAGCUGGUGCGCUGUGGGGCUGGGGGCCGCAACCACGGCGCCUGCUGCUCGCGCCGCGGGGUGCCCAGCUCCUGCCUGUCCAUCUGCGCCGGAGUCAUCCUCGACUCGCUCAUCGUCACCGCCACCUCCUGCAUCCCCUUCAUCGGCAACAUCGUGCAGUGCUUCGAGGAAGGGACGGGACUGCUGCCGGGUCCCGUGCUGGAGCUGCACGCCACGAGGGUCACCAACAACUCCGUGGCCCUGCAGUGGGAGCCCCCGUCCGACAGCAACGUGAGCGGCCACGAGAUCCUGCAGUACGUGGUGUAUUACAAGAGGGUGGACAACUCCAGCACCCAGCUGCCCUUCGAUCAAAACAUAAACACCACCUCUACUGUGGCGACGGUGGACAAUCUGGUGAACGGUGUUCUGUACAACUUCUUUGUGCUAGCGCGUAGCAAACAUGGAACAUCGCUGCCCUCAUCAAUACUCCGGAUCAAUGUGACUGACACAGAGGUGGGCGACAGAGGAGUGGCAAGCGUGACGUCGGCGCCACAUUCCCUCGCAGUGUCUGCGCACAGCGCCAUAUACGUGACCAUAUCCUGGCAGCCACCAGAGUUCAGCCACCCUGCAGAGAAGCUCUCGUACAGACUCUACUACAAAUCUACGGCUGACGCCACGUACCAGAUAGUAGAGACAACCGUGACGUCGCACAUGAUCGUGGACCUGACUCCCAACACGCAGUACAUCAUAUAUGUGACCGCCAUAUCGAAGAACGGGGAGAGCCAGCCGUCAGAGACACUGGUGGCGUGGACUGACCCUGCGUACCCUGCCUUCGUCGAGCCCCCUACGGUGCAUCCCAUCAACCUGGUGGUGGAGGGCAGCGGCAUGACAAUCCUGUGCAUAGCUAUGGGAACACCUAUGCCCACCAUCUCGCUGUACAUCUCGGGCCGACUGGUGCGGCAAGAGACGACGCGCCACAUGGUCACCGUCAUCCACAACGUCACCCGCGACAUGGACCAGAUCUCCUGCUAUGCUGACAACGGCUAUGGCACGCCCAUGCAGGCCUCCCGCAAGAUAUCCAUCAACCAUGCUCCCCACAUCACGGCAUCAGGCAUCACAAUGGCGGCUCCCGGAGAUUCUGUGGUGCUGGAGUGCUUGGUGGAUGCCGUCCCGUCACCCAAGAUGAUGUUCUGGAGAGACCCGGAUGGCAGAGUGCCUGUCAUCCAGGGCGGGAAAUACAACAUCACCACCAAGAAGAUCAAGGACGAGGACUCGAAGCAAGUCAUGCAUCUGACCAUCCGCGAGAUCAGCGAGGCCGACGUGGGUGACUACUACUGCCACGCCGAGAACCCGUUCGGAAGCGUCUCCAGGCCUGUGUCUGUCCGGAUCAGGAACGUUGCUGCCACCAACAACGUCACGCAGUGCUGCAUCGAGCAGAACGUGACGUCGGGAUGCAUGGAGGCGUGCUCCUUCUACCUGGACAUUGACGCGGUGAUAGACAAGCCGCAGUGCAUCAACGACUUCGACAAGCUGAUGAAGUGUGCUGCUGACGGCUCGGACCACCGCAGCUGCUGCGCGCAGUGGGGCGUCCCCAGGAGGUGCCUGGACUGGUGUCGCGGGGAGCCGCUCCUCAACAACAAGUUCUGCGUGCUGUCCUACACCAAGCAGAUCAUGGCCUGCUUCCACCAGGGCCGAGAUCGCCUGCCGGGACCUCCACAGAAUGUAGCCGUGGAAGUCAUAGACGCACACUCUGUACGUGUGAAGUGGGAACCUCCCGUGAAGAACCCGUCCAAGGUUGAAAUGUACAGGGUGUUCUGGAGGCAGCACAUGGGCGGGGCCCGAGUGCCGCUGAAGAACGACACUGAGGCGACCAGCCUGGUGAUCAAGGGGCUGAAGGAGGGAGUCACCUACGAGUGCGUGGUGAAGGCGGGCAACCACUACGGAACCAGCACGCUCACCGAGCCUACGCGCUUCAUCACCGGCUCCUACAUCACGUCCGCCGCCAGCCUAGGCAACGGCAGUUCGCACGUGGGUGUCGCAGUGGGCGUGGUGUUGGCGCUCGUGAUAGUGGCGGCCGUCGUGGCCGGCGCAGUGUGGUUCCUGCGGAGCCGGCGCAUGCUUGGCCGCAAGUCGAACGGGGGCGUGGCCUUCGAGAACCCCAGCUACCUGCGCGAGGUCAACAUGGACCACAUCACGAUGCCUGCUAGUCAAGGGGACGGGACACUGCCCAACGGAACGGCCAAUGGCGUCAACCCGUCCGGGGGCCAAGUGCCCCACCAGCAGGGCUGGAAGCACGAGACCCUGCAUGUCCCGGCGCAGGCCGCGGAGGUGGCGCCCUCUCUCUACGAGGAGCUGAAGCUGGGCCACGACGGGGCGGGCUUCAAGCGGCUUAAAUAGUACCGGCGGUUCCGUUUCGAGUCCGCGUUCUAAGCGCGUUCCGCUCCCCCGCCAGCGGUGGAGGAACAACAAGCGUGAGUCUCGAGAAACUGCGUCGUGAUCGAACGGCUGACGGAAUGAGGAGGACAUUCCGAAGAGCACCAGUGAGAUGGUUUCGUGGUUAGUUCUCGAACGCGCAAACACAUGUGCUAUGUUAACGUGUUGGAGUGACUUUUCCCAACUUGUAACAAAAAAAAAACUGUUUGUUACACCUUAUCGUACAUGCUGUUGAUGGUUUUAUUUAGCAUGAGAAAUUUUUCACUUUGUGUAUCACUAUUGAUGCAAGUUGCAAUUCGAAAAGUUAACACAUUAUGCUCUUGUUUUAGCAAAAUUGUAUGGUUAGUUAGAAAAGUUCACCAAACUCCAGAGAGAAAAAAAGUAUAUAUCUGAAAAACUGUACUUAUUUUGAAAAAUAUGUUUAAAAAUAUUACUGAAACAUUAGCUCAUUGUCAUGAUUUGACAAAAAAAAAAUAUUUCACAGAAUAUCUGACAUUGUAAAGUAUUAAGUCCAAAUGGUUAGCAUGUUGUGGAGAUUUACAGUUGCCAGCAGUAUGUGUCAAAGAUUGUCACAGUAUACUGUGUUAUUAAACAAGUCACUAGUUUUAUAUUUUUAGUGAGUAAACAAUUUAAACAAAAAAAAUAAAAUUAAGGUAUGGUUAACAUAUUUCCCUUAUCUCCUCAUUCACUGGCUCUCAGUUGAUUACUUUGACAAACAUAUCAUACCAUAAAAUAAGUUUCCAAUGUGCUUACUACACACCCUUUUUUUUAAAACAACAUGCACUACAUAAUGUCAUAUAUUCACUGUAAGAAACAAUUCACAAUGCAUGCAGAUAAUUACAAAGGCCAUUAUAAUUCAUGCACUUUCUUAAAUAUUUAUUACAAACCUAAUUUAUAUCAUGAUUCAUGACCCACAGAGUUUGAUAUAUAAUAUAUAUAAAAAUAAUUUUAAAACAUUAUUGGCCAUGUACAAUCCUUACCUUCAUUACAUCUGCAUUCACACACAAUCACUCUCUCUCUCUCUCUCUCUCUCUCUCUCUCUCUCUCUCUCUCUCUCUCUCUCUCUCUCUCUCUCUCUCUUCCAAAAUGGUAUAUUUUUUAAGUUUUAACUUACUCAUUCUUUCAUUUUCAUAUUUUUGAUUAGAAACUCAGCAUACAUUUUACAUAAAAUCAAAAAAUUACAAAAUGUCAAUUGGAGGUUUUAUAUACUAUUUUAGCAUUAACUUAAACAAAUUUACAUUUACUUCAUUAUUUACACCCACAAGCUAAUUUCAGCCUUGUCUAACUAGGGUCAAAGGCACCCACAAUAUGAGGCUUAUCAACUUGUUUCCUAGAGUUAAAAGUUGAGUUUUUCACAAACUUGCUUGCCUACCUCACACAAAUCAUUUUGUAAGCACAACAGUUAUUUUAACUGUACAUUAUACAUAAUUGAUAUUUUAAUUAAAUGUUUUGUUCAGAAAACAAUACAUAGGAAUUUAAUUUGUCAAACUGCGAAACUUGGUUUCUUCCAGUGCUUAAUUCAAACCAAAGUAUGCAAGUGAACUGUAGUAACCUAAAAUAUUGAAAAUAAUUUAGGCACACAGUUUUGGAAAUGCUAAUUUAUAAUUUUAUCUUCUCAAAAACACUUAACUAAAUGCUGUUAUAAUCAUUUAUGUGAAGAGUAAUUCAAACUAUAAUAAACUAAUUAUAAUUAAUGUCUUUUGACUUAUAAACCUAAUUAAAGAUAUUAUGAUGCAAAUAUGCUACCAAAUGUGUUUCCAUUCCAUUCUCUGAAAUUAAGCACUGGUAUUACCUUACAAGAGCAUUAUGCAGCAGACAUGGCAAAUAACUAAGUCGGUUCAGUGGACCCUGGCUAUUUUAUGCACAUUCUUCUCUUUAAUCCCAAUUAAUUUCCAUGAAUUCUAUUCCACUUCAUUCACACUUUCCUAAAAGUUAAAAUUUCUUUAACCCUACAUAAGAGUGAAGUAAUGGUUUUAUUACAAGAACUGAAGUGUCAUUUUCAUUAAUAUAUAGUAAUAAUAAACCAUUCAUACAAAAUAAUUAAUGACCAGACAGACAUAUCUGCUCCCCAUGCUGGAUUGUGCCUUUCUCAGAAAAAAAAUAAAAGAAACUGUCGUGUAAAAAUGGUGGUAACCAGUGUCUAUGUGUAUGUAUAGAUGUGAACCAGCAGACCACGAAUGAUGAAACAUGUUUCUUUAUUGUCCCGUGCCACAAGCUGAUUCUCUCAUGAGACAUAAGUGUGCCGAGUGUGAGGAAUAGUUUUGCGUCUACUGUCUUGUCGAUUAGGAAGCCUAUCUUUUGUACAACAUAGAUUAUAGAACAAAUAUGAACACACAUUCUGUACAAAGAUUAAUGUAAAAAGAACACAGUGAAAAAUAAACUAGAUUUUCCCAAAAAUAAAAGAA